GAGAAACCCACUGACAGCAUCGUCAUUAGUGGUUUAGAAGUAAGCAGCUUAGAAGGAGGAAACUUCUAUGGACUGCCUGACGUUUACACGCAGAAAGAAAUACCAGUCAGCAAAAAUCACAUACCAAGGCAGAAAGAUUUGGAGAUAUGGCCACACUUGAAGGAUGUAUUUCUGCCCAGCAUUGAUGCUGACAUUGAUCUCCUGCUUGGUACAAAUGUGCCCAAACUCAUGGAGCCAUGGAGGGUGAUAAAUAGCCAUGGCAAUGGGCCUUUUGCAACUAAAACCCUGCUAGGCUGGGUUGUCAGUGGUCUCCUCCAUAACGAGCACACACGUUUCAAUAAGCAAGGCAAACCAUAUGUUUACAGCCACCGGAUUUCAGUGGAAACCUUACAUGAUCUUCUGAUUCAGCAAUACAACCAUGACUUUCCUGAGAGUGCGUAUGAGAAGGAGGAAAUGUCUCAAGAUGAACUGAGAUUUCUGGACAUAAUGAACUCCUCCAUUAAAGUAAAAGAUGGACAUUAUCAGUUGCCAUUGCCAUUUAAAGGAGAUCCCAAAAUGCCUAACAACCGUUUGAUGGCAGAGCAAAGGGCAGAAUCUUUGAAGCGGAAGUUUGGGAGGAAUACAGUCUUCAAGGAGGAAUACACGUUGCUCAUGAAUGGCAUGUUAAAAUGUGGACAUGCUGAACUUGUGCCCAAAGAGGAAGUGGCAUUACAGAGCACAAAACGUUGGUACAUACCACAUCAUGGAGUACGCCACCCCAAAAAGGGAAGCUUACGAGUGGUUUUUGACUGCUCCGCAUCUUACCAGGGAACAUCUCUCAACAAUGAACUUCUGAAGGGCCCAAAUCUUACAAACUCCUUGAUUGGUGUCCUGCUGCGUUUCUGUCAUGGGAACGUGGCCAUACUGGCGGAUGUGGAGAAGAUGUAUUAUCAGGUGAAGAUACCACCAAAGCAUGCUGACUUUUUGCGCUUCUUGUGGUGGAAAGAUGGCAACACAACUCAGCCUCUCAUGGAAUAUAGGAUGACUGUUCACAUCUUUGGAGCUACAUCAUCAGCUAGUUGUGCCAGUUAUGCCUUGAGAAGGACUGCUGAGGACCACAAAGACAGCUUCUCAGCUGACACAGUGAACACGGUCCUCAACAACUUUUUCGUUGAUGAUUUGCUAAAGUCUGUGGAUACAGAGGCCAAUGCCAUACAACUGUACAAGGAAUUAAAGGCUCUGUGUGCAGCAGGAGGUUUCAAUCUAACAAAGUGGUCCAGUAACAGCCGAGCUGUCCUGGCCCACAUUCCAGAAUGUGAAAUGGCUAAGGAAGUAAAGGACUUGGACCUAGACCUGGAAGACCUGCCAAUAGAAAGGGCCCUAGGCGUGCACUGGAGUGCAGAAAAUGACGUCUUUAAGUUCCAUGUAGCUCCCAAAGAACAACCAUGCACCAGGCGAGGCAUUCUGUCUACGGUCAGUUCAAUGUAUGACCCGCUAGGUUUUCUUGCCCCAGUAACCUUUCCAGCAAAACAUCUGCUGCAGGAACUUUGCAGGCUGAACCUUAGCUGGGACGAAGACAUACCCAACACCCUGAUGCAAUCCUGGAAACUUUGGCUGCAAAGCCUUGAGACUCUCACAGACUUCAACAUCACCCGCAGUUUCAAACCAAAGACGUUUGGAAAGGUUGAACAUGCACAGUUGCACCACUUCUGCGAUGCAAGUGAAGUCGGAUAUGGCAUGGUGACCUACUUGAGGUUAGUCAACAGUCAGGAGCAGGUGCAUGUGAAAUUUGUGAUGGGGAAAUCAAGAGUGGCACCGUUGAAGUUGUUGACAAUCCCACGUCUUGAGCUGACUGCUGCAGUACUAGCCGUUCGUAUAGACCGGAUGCUCAUGGAUGAGCUGAAACUAGACUUGGAACCAUCCGUGUUUUGGACAGACAGUACGACUGUCUUGAAGUACAUACGAAGUGACAGCAGACGAUUUCACACAUUUGUUGCCAAUCGUGUAAACGCAAUAAGGGGCAUGUCACAUGUGUCACAGUGGAAACAUGUUUCUGGAAAACUGAAUCCUGCAGACUAUGCAUCACGUGGAUUGAACGCUGCAGAGUUUCUGAAAGGCAACAACUGGAUUAACGGUCCCAAGUUCUUGAAAGACCUGCCCAAACACUGGCCCAACUCACCUGUCGACCUUGGGAUUCCACCAGAUGAUUUAGAGUUGAGAAAAAAGGUAUUUGAAGUCCAUGCCACUGUUGCCAGUCAUCAUGAUCCGAUCAGCAUGUUACUGAACAACUUCUCCAAUUGGAAUAAGCUUAGAAGAGCUGUUGCCUGGUUCUUAAAGCUGAAGCGUAUACUUACCCAACGUGUUCUCAAAAGAAAAGGGGCCUUAAAGGGAGUUGAGGCUGGUCCCAUGACACAUUCUGUUCAAGAUCUAGAAGAGGCAGAAGAAUCUAUUGUGAAGUUCUGCCAAAAGCAAGGAUUUCCGCAGGAGAUAGAAUGCCUGCGCAAUGGAAAGAACGUCAGCCGGAAAAGCUCCAUCUUCAGACUAGACCCAGUCCUUGACCAUGGCAUUUUAAGGGUUGGUGGCCGCCUUAGCAGGAUGGCUAUGCCAGAAGAGCAGAAACAUCCAGCUAUCUUGCCUAAGAGGCAUUACAUUUCAGAGCUUCUGCUUCAACAUAUCCAUAAGCAAGUUGGUCAUUGUGGCAGAAAUCAUAUUUUGGCAAACUUAAGGAAAAGGUAUUGGAUUCCUUGUGCAAAUUCCUUUGCAAGGGAAAUUGUAAACAAUUGUGUCCCCUGCAGGCGGAACUAUGCACGUGCAGGGGAGCAGAAAAUGGCAGAUCUGCCAAUUGACCGUUUGACUCCUGACCUCCCUCCAUUCUCACAUGUUGGAGUGGAUUACUUUGGACCAAUAGAGGUGAGAAGAGGGCGUGGCAUGGCGAAACGUUACGGUGUGAUAUUUACUUGCCUGACUACCAGAGCAGUCCAUUUGGAAGUAGCACACUCAAUGGAUACAGACUCCUGCGUGAAUGCGUUCAGACGCUUCAUCUCCAGAAGAGGCCAAGUAAAGGAACUAAGGUCAGACAAUGGAACUAAUUUGAUCUCUGCUGAAAAGGAGUUACGGGAUGCACUGAAACGUUGGAAUAUGGAUCAAAUUGAGCGCAGCCUCAUUCAGAAAGGUGUUAAAUGGACGUUCAAUCCUCCAGCCGGCGCCCACCAUGGAGGCAUCUGGGAGCGCAUAAUAAGAAUGGUGAAAAGAAUAUUAUCCUCCAUCACAAACCAGCAGUCUUUGGAUGAUGAAGGUCUAGUCACAGUAAUGUGCGAAGUUGAAUCCAUCCUAAACAGCCGGCCUUUGACAACCGUUUCCAAUGACCCCAAUGACUUGGAACCAUUGACUCCUAAUCACCUCUUACAGCUUAAAGUUCAGCCUGUUCUCCCACCAGGAACAUUCAAACUGGAAGACCUGUAUGCCAGAAGACGGUGGCGACAAAUACAGUAUAUCGCAGAUCUCUUCUGGACACGGUGGAUACAGGAAUAUGUUCCACUCAUGCAGGAACGAUCUAAAUGGUCCCGCAUCAGGCCCAACUUCUGCGUGGGAGACAUCGUGGUGAUUGCUGAUCCUACAGCACCGCGAGGCUCAUGGGUGAUGGGAAGAGUCAUCGAAGCCAUAGCUGAUUCCAAGGGCCUUGUUCGUUCUGUGAGAUUGCAAACUAGAACCAACCAACUCCUAAGGCCCAUCAGCAAGAUCUACCUGUUGGUCAAGGCCAACAACUGACAUUGAACAAGACUCAUGACAUGCGCACGAGCUUCCAUUUGCACUGCAUUCAUAGACUGAUAUUUGCACACAUUUAUAGUAUAAUUGGAUUUAGAACACUUAGAAUUAGAAUUUAGAAAUUGAAUUCAUUGUUUAUUGGUAACUGGCCCCAUUGUAAAUUUGUUUUGUUAUAGCACACCUGGUAGCUAUAAGGGGCCGGAUAUGUUGGAGCCAGUUUUAGUUUCCUUAGAUUAAAUUCUUAUUUUGGUUAACUUACUUUGGUUUGCUGGCCUCAGGCCAUGGACUUUUAUUUUGACACAGUUUUUGGUCACCUGACCAGGUAAAGAUGGCUGCCUCUCACUUAGUAGACAGUCUCAGUUAGACAAAGAAAAGGGUUGUAGUGAUAUAGUUUUUUACCGCUUUAACCACUUUAAGCUUGAAUAUUUGGAAGCCUUUGAACUUGGAAAAAUAAUUACUUAAGUUUAUUCUUUAAACUUCUUUAUGUUGAGUCUUUAUAUUUGGUUUACUUUGCAUUAGUUGGAUAACAAACAAUUUAGAUUGCUUCACUGUGUAGCACCUGUUUGGCUGCCUAUACCCUCUCCCUUCUCCCUGCUGCUGCCUGCCUGCCACUUCCCCUCUCCCUUCUCCCUGCUGCUGCCUGCCUGCCUGCCUGCAUGCCAUUGCCCUUUCCCUUUGCCUGCCUGCUACUUACCUGCUUGUGGCCUACUUACCUCCAUCUUCAACAUCUUCAUUCAUCUGGACCAAGGUAUGAACAACAGCUGUACACAGUGUUUAAAGAUAAGCGCGUGACAACCACUAUACUACAUUUACCUUUUUAAAGAUUUGAUUGACUCGAAACUGGAACUCACAUUGGU